AUGUCAGCUGCGUACAAACCAUCUCCUCUUGGCUACGGAUCACCGCGAAGCUCUCCCUUUCGCAGACCCGAAUCGCCUGCUGCAUCGUCGCCACUCAGACAGUCAACACCACCCGGUACACCUUCGAGGAUCGGUCACUUGCGCUCUCCAUCACGACUAGGAAGCGAUUCAACGCCAGUAAAAGCCGCUCCAACUUCACCAGACUUUACUCGAUCUAGGCCACUGCCGCAGCCAGAAAACAUGGCCAGUCCACGCCUUGGUUCACCGGUAUCAAUCAGAUCGCAGGCGCCAGCGGCUGCAACAGGAGGUAACGCACUGUCGCAGCUACAACCACAACAACUUCGAGUCCUGAGGGAUGGUUUCCAGAUCCUUGAUAGGGACAGCGAUGGCUCUGUCAACAGAGAGGAUGUUGCCGAUAUGAUGAACCAGCUGGGCAUGACGCCCAGUCAAUCAGAGCUUUCGCAAUUCUUCCCACCAGGUGGACCGCAAAACAUGACACUCGCCGUAUUUCUAAAUAGUAUAGCGAAUACGCUAUCGGCCAUGUCGCCCAGCAGUGAACUGUUGUCAGCCUUCUCCGCCUUUGACGACGACGACAGUGGUCAGGUCGAUCUUGCCGAGCUGCGGGAUGCAUUGCUCCAUACAGCCCCGGAGCCGGGCGAGAGCGCAUUAUCACCGCACGAGGUGGAAAAGAUCAUGGCUAGUUUCAGCGGACGAAGAGCCUUCAGCAAGAGCACAAUGUCGGCAGGUGUAUCAAGGAAGAAGGGUGAAGUCUUCAAAUACCAGGAUUUUGUAAACUCCAUCGUCGGGGGCAGCGGGGCGGCGGAGCCAGCGCCUAGCAGCAGUGGUUCCGAGCAAAGUGAAGGAUGA